AUGUCAAGCUUCGAAACUUUCAUUCGAGUGCUGCGCCUCCUUCCUCUUCUCACGUCAAGUUGGACAUUGUUUUUCGCUCUGGACGAACAUAUCUUCCUUGGCACAUGGACUCGACCAUCUUACGCCGAAGUGGCCAACGUUCACCUGCCGGCUUGGUUUACUCUGUGGGGUCGGAGAGGCCGCUGGACAAUUCUCCUUGGAUACCCAUCGAACUAUCUCUUGGCCAUUCUGAACCUUCUCGUUGCACGCGACCAACUGUAUGCUGCCAGCGCCGCGAAGUGGUAUGCUUUAGGACUACUUUUCAGCUUUGGUCAUAUCGCAAUCUACGGAAAGACGGCAAUUGGUCUCCUCGCCGACAUCAAGGCUGAUAGACCUAAAGGCAACAGUACCCACUCUAUGGAUGUGUGGUUGAAGAUGAAUAUGAUUCGUGCCUUCACGACCGAUCUACCAGCCUGGGCUUGUUUCGCCGUUGCUGUACUAAAGGCGCUGUGA